CCUUAAGGACCAUAUUUGGAUCCCUUCAUUGACCUCACCCAACUUACGCGAAUUCAUUCAAUUGAACUCCAUCCGUUCCACAGAAACGCUUCGCUGGACUCCGUUGCAAGACUUUCGACUCUUCUAUCAAACGUAUUCAUUGAUUACGUUUUCCUGCUCAAUGGACUUUAACCAAUUUCCAUUUGACAAGCACACGUGCAACUUACAAGUGGGGGUUGAUUUGCCCACUUCUGAAGUGGAUAUAAAGUCUCUGCAGUCUGAGAAUGACCUUCUAGCCACCACCAUUUCUAGUAAGUUGGAGUAUAGCAUCAGAUUUGGACCUCUACCCCAAGAGAACCAAUUCUCCGUGACACAUGCCCUCCACAAGUCGAAUGGAUCAGUUCAAUCCCAAACCGGAUUCCAAAUCCACUUGGAACGGAAAAUGAGUACUUACAUCUUCAACUAUUAUCUUCCCAGUGGACUCUUCGUGAUCGUGAGCUGGAUGAGCUACGUCAUCCCACCCGAUUCAAUCCCGGCCCGGAUCACUCUGAUUAUCACGACUUUCCUCGUCUUGGUAAAUAUUGCCACCACUGCCUUCUCCAAGUUUCCCAUUUCCAGCGAGAUUAACCCGAUUCAGUUGUGGAUCAUGGCUUGCCUAGCCUUCGUGUUCUCAACCAUUAUUCAAUUUGCCCUCAUUUUGGCGUAUCAACGUAAAGUCAUUCGCCAUACGUUUGUGACGCGAUGGAAGAUCAAAAAACAGGGCAUCUGUAUGCGACCCAUGCGGGAUGACAUGCUAGGGAUUUCCGAGCUGAAAAUGAUGAUCCUCCUAAUGAAGAUUGACGGCAUGUGUCUUACGGGGUCCCUGGUUCUGUUUUUCGCCUUCAACGUGUAUUACUGGCUUUAUUAAUUGGACAAAGACUUGUGUUAUCAAAUGAGAACCUAUCCCAGAGAGGAUCUGUAUUUAUUGGAUUGUGUGCUUGAACAUGAACUGCUGUAUAGAGUAUAUAAAGUUUAUAAAGUAGUU